ACGACAGAAUGCUUUCUCUUGGCGGCGAUGGCUUACGACCGCUACGUGGCCAUCUACAACCCGCUCCUGUACUCUGUGAGCAUGACACCCAGGGUCUUCGUGCCACUCAUCGCUGCUUCUGUCCUCGGGGGCACUCUGCAUGCCACUGUGCACACGGUGGCCACUUUCAGCCUGUCCUUCUGUGGAACGAAUGUCAUCCAGCACAUCUUCUGUGACAUCCCUGCCUUGCUGGCGAUUUCCUGCUCUGACACUCACCUAAACCAGCUCCUCCUCUUUUAUAUAGCUGGCUCUAUUGAGAUGGUCACUGUCCUGGUCGUCCUCAUCUCCUAUGGCUUCAUUCUGGCAGCUGUUCUCAGGACGCGCUCUGCAGAGGGGAAGCGAAAGGUCUUCUCUACGUGUGGCUCCCACCUAACUGCAGUGUCCAUCUUCCACGGAACUGUUCUUUUCAUGUAUGUGAGACCAACUUCCAACUACACCUUGGAGCAGGACAUGGUGGUGUCCAUGUUCUACACUGUUGUGAUUUCUGCAUUGAACCCCGUCAUCUACAGUUUGCAGAACAAAGACGUCAAAGGUGCAAUACAAAAGGUGUUUGGGAAAAAUCAGUUUAUGAAUACAGUAAGAUUUUCAUCCUAG